CGUUGUAACGCCAAACCUCUCGGUGGAUGCAUGUUGUAAAUAAAACGCAGCUUUUGAUGUUAUUGUUGUUUUUCUGUGAGCAUUUCAUCUGUCUUUCGUGAUAUUACUCAUGCAUUGCACGACCAAAUGACUUCAUUAAACUAGAAACAAAGAGAGCUGAUGAAGAGGGCGACCUUUUGACAUGGUUUGACAUGAUAAGAUAUUUUUGUUUGGAGAAAAAAAAAUAGCUACAGACAUGAGGGUCACAGACAGCGUGUUACGAAGUUUCAGGGUUGCUAGAACAUAUGGAGAAAAGCCCGAGAAAGUCAACUGUGUGGACUUCAGCCCAAAUGGUGAAUAUGCAGUAUCAAGCAGCGACGACGACUGCAUUGUGUUAUAUGACAUCCGGGAGGGAAAACCAGAAAGGACCCUGUUCAGCAAGAAGUAUGGUGUAGACCUCAUCCGCUACACGUAUGGAAAUACACAGACAGUGAUCUACAGCUCCAACAAGCUUGAUGAUACCAUCCGAUAUCUGUCACUCACUGACAACAAGUACAUCAGGUAUUUCCCAGGUCACACUGCGAGAGUCAUUUCUCUUUCCAUGUCCCCUGUGGAUAAUACUUUUAUCUCAAGCUCAUUGGAUAAGACGAUCCGGAUCUGGGACCUGCGUUCUCCAAACUGUCAAGGUUUGACUAAUCCACUGGGGAAACCUGUAUGUUCCUUUGACCCUGAGGGGCUGAUAUUUGCUGCAGGGGUGGAAUCACAAGCCAUUAAAUUAUACGACCUCCGUGCUUCUGACAAGGGUCCCUUUGCCUCCUUUGAGACGAGGUUUAGUCGUGUCUGCGACUGGACUGGACUCAAAUUCAGUAAUGAUGGCAAACAGAUUCUCAUUUCCACCAAUGGAGGGAUGAUUCGUGUCCUGAAUGCUUUUAGCGGAUCUGUGCUGCACACUUUUUCUGGCUACAACAACAGCAAAGGUAUCUCUCUGGAGGCGUGCUUCACUCCCGACUCGCAGUUUGUCAUGAUUGGGUCAGAGGAUGGGAGAGUCCAUGUUUGGAGCACUGAGAGUGGUAUGAAGGUGGCUGUGUUGGACGGGAAACAUCCAGGACCCAUCAACGCUCUGCAGUUUAACCCCAGAUACAUGACGUUCGCUAGUGCCUGCUCCAACAUGUUGGUGCUGGAUUGUUACAGAGAGCCAGCACAGAGCUGGGACAAGGAUUACGAUCAGUUCCUGCUUCCUCUGCUCACGCCUCAGGAACCCUGCUACGUCCUCUACCGUCUGGACUCGCAGAACGCACAGGGAUACGAGUGGAUCUUCAUCGCCUGGUCACCUGACCAAUCACCAGUGAGGCAGAAGAUGGUGUAUGCAGCGACCCGUGCCACACUGAAGAAAGAGUUUGGAGGAGGUCACAUUAAAGAUGAAAUGUUCGGCACAGUCGAGGACGACCUGUGCUUUCAGGGAUACUUGCGACACAUGUCCUCCUGCUCCUCCCCAGCUCCGCUCACAGCAGCCGAGAAGGAGCUGCAACGAAUUAAAGUCACAGAGGUAAAGCUUAAACAAGAAGAGGCCAAACGAGCUCUGCAGCAACUCAAGCAGAGACGCAUUAACUAUAUACAGCUGAGACUGGAUGUAGAGAAAGAAACCAUUGAGCUGGUUCACACCAAACCUACAGAAACACAGGAACUUCCCUACAGGAUUCCCACAGAUUCACCCAGAUACCACUUCUUCAUCUUCAAACAUUCCCACCAGGGUCAGCUGCAGGAGGCGCUGGUGUUCAUAUAUUCAAUGCCUGGGUACACCUGUAGUAUCAAAGAGCGGAUGUUGUAUUCCAGCUGUAAGAACAGGCUACUGGAGGAGGUGGAGAGAGACUACCAGCUCGAGGUCACCAAAAAGAUGGAGAUAGACAGUGGUGACGGCCUGACAGAAGACUUCCUGUACGAGGAGGUCCACCCUAUGGAGCACACCUUAAAACAGGCCUUUGCCAAGCCCCGCGGACCAGGAGGGAAGAGGGGCAACAAACGCCUCAUUAAGGGUGGAGGGGAGAACGGGGAAGAAAGUUAGACAUAUAUUCACACACGUAGGACGUCAUGCACAGGCAAACCAACAAGAUAUUUAUAAAUUGACUUGCUAUUUGAAUGUCUAGCUUCUCACCAUUUUUUCAUUUUACUUGAGGACAUAGAUUUCAUACUGAAAACAAGGCAUAAAAUAGAUCCACUGUAAAGCAGAAAUCAUAUGUUUUUUCCUCCAGCCAAGACUGUGAGGAAGAACACAACUGUUACAAGUUUGAGUCUAACUGACCGGCUAAUAUGUGGACACACCAUUUUGAUUAUCAAAGCUAAAUUUCAUUUCACAUGAAAGCAUGUUAAGUUCAUGGUUCAGUUCAGGUACCAGGGUGUCAGGCUUUAGAAACUACCAUGCAGCCAAACUUUUUUCAAACCCACAAAACUUUAUUUUUAGUUGUAGAUGAAAUCCACAACUUUGCAGAAAU